AUGUCGUCUACCGCCGCUCGGGCGCACAGCAACAACAGCAACGGUGCGGCCGUCAAUGCCGGCGGGGCGGGCACGAAACUCCGCACGAGCCACUCGCCGGCAACGGCAACCAGCAACAACGCGGCGUACGGACACAACCAACAGAUUCCCGGCGUGCACGACAAUUUCCAGGGCAGCGAGCGGUCAGACACGCGCUAUCGCGAGGGGCCUCCGCCACCGCCACCGCACCAGCACCAGCACCAACACCAGCACCAACAGCAAUCACAACACACAUACAGCACCACAUCACACAAGCGGACGGCCUCGGGCAACCCACGGCCAAGUAGUCGAGCUGCGGGCACCGGUGGGCCAACCGGCGCGUCUGGGCUCGGUGCCGAAGCUGCGGCGAAUCGGGCAGCAAGAGGCGGGACGCCGACGGGCAGCAGGACGAACGUCUCCGAAGAGCGGCGCACCGAACGGACCGUCAUCACGACACGGGACACAUAUGUGACACGCGUCCGCAGCCCUGAACGGCCGGCCCCCGCGCGAGCGACAACAACGACGACAGCAUCGAGGGACAAACCCGCAUCCAGAAAUGCCGUCGACACGCGAGCAAGGGACGUGCCCGCUCCAGCAGCGCCCACCGUGCCAUGGAAGCCCGAGGUGACAUUGCUACCCCACACGACAGCGCCACUUGCGUCGCGUGUUUCAAUACCUCCUCUCGCGUCACAAGUACCUGCCACUUUGCAGCCAGCCGCGCUAGGCAGCCUGUCUCUCGAGGCGCAGGAGGCUGUCAUCAUAGAGGACCUGUUGUCCGUGUUCAUGGGCUGCGAAGGCCAGUAUAUUCGCUUUGCCAAGGGCUACGUCCCCGACGAAGAGCGCGACCGGCUCACAGGACCGACAUGGCGUAUUCUGCCCGGUCUCGAUCCCAGCCUGCAGGAUCUGGCGGCAUCGAUGCUACGGACAGCCACCCACUAUGUGGCGCUAGAGACGUUCGUCGACGUGCAGAGCCGUGAGUCGUUUGGGCUUGUCAACCAUGCGCUGUGUGCAUCGGUGCGCAAGUUCCUGCAAGACUACCUGGUGCUGAUUGCGCAGCUCGAAACGCAGUUCCUCACCGAUGACGCCUUUACCCUGCAUGUGCUCAAUAUCCAUAUGCUGCCGACCAGCCAGAUGAUGCUGCAGUUGUAUGCGCUGGCACACGAGCUCCUCAAGAAGAAUGCAUUGUUAGACGACGAUGAGACGGACGAGUCGAGCGACGACGGUGUUGACGAUUACGACAAGAUCAUCGACCGGCUGCGCGAGGGCGGCGAGCUCGUGCCCGGCAAUGCGGCCGGCAAAAAGAUCUGCAAGGGCGGUGCGGUGCUGGAGAUUAUCACGAACCGGCUGGAGUCCAUGUCGGGCGACCCGGCGGCGCGGGCGCUACUGACAGCACUGCUACGAGACGCCAGCCGGCCGUACAUGGUGAUGCUCAACGAGUGGCUGCACCACGGCGGCAUCAGCGAUCCGCACGCCGAAUUUCUCGUUAAGGAACAAAAGAGCAUCCGCCGCGAACUUCUCAAGGAGGACUACACCGACGAAUACUGGGACCGGCGUUACACCCUGCGGGACAAGGACGUGCCGCCGCAGCUUGCCGGCGUCAAGGACAAGGUGCUGCUUGCGGGCAAGUACCUCAACGUGGUUCGCGAGUGUGGCGGUGUCGACAUUAGCAAGAAGGUCAUGGACGUCCCGACAUCGUUUGACGACAGCCGGUUCCUCGACAACAUCAACACGGCUUACGCACACGCCAACGCAUCGUUGAUGCAACUGCUGCUGACAACUCAUGCGCUGCCCGCGAGAUUGCGGUCGCUCAAGCACUACUUUUUCUUGGACCCCUCCGACUACUUCUCGUAUUUUUUGGAACUUGGCCACUCUGAGCUACGUAAGCGCAACACCAAGGCUAUUAACACCAGCAAACUGCAGUCGCUGCUCGAUUUGGUGCUACGGCAGCCUGGCAGCAUCGUGUCUCUAGACCCAUUCAAGGAGGAUGUCAAAGUGGAGAUGAUCGACACGACACUCGUCCAAGCCCUGCAGCGCGUCGUAAACAUCACGGGCAUCGAGCAGGGGGAGGUGCUGCAGCCGUCUAUGCUGGCGGGCGGCGGUAACGACGGCGCCAGCACGGCCGGCGGCAGCAGCAGCGGUGACGCUGACGGCUACGCGUCACUGCGGCUCGACUACGCCAUGCCCUUCCCCGUGUCGCUCGUCAUUAGCCGCAAGACCAUUUGGCGGUACCAGGCGCUUUUCCGGUUCCUGCUGUCGCUGCACCACCUGGAGUCGCAACUGACGACAACUUGGCAGGGCCACAUGCGUGACCUGCCCUGGUUCCACCGGUCCAUGAGCAAGGAGGUGGCCGUCUGGAAGCGGCGGCUGUUUACGCUGCGGGCGCGCAUGCUGGUGUUUGUGCAGCAGCUGCUGUACUUUUGCACGGCUGAGGUGAUUGAGCCCAACUGGCAAGCGCUCAUGUCGCGGCUACAGACGGAAGAAACUGCCACAGCGGCUGCGGCUGCGGCGGCGGCGGCAGCCAACAACAAUCACGCAACGACAAACGAGAAUCCCGCAGACGCCGCUGCUCCGGUUCCCCUACCGAGCCGAACCGUCGAUGAGCUGAUGCAAGACCACGUGGACUUUCUCGAUACAUGCCUCAAGGAGUGCAUGUUGACCAACAGCAAGCUGCUCAAGAUUCACGCAAAACUCAUGCAGACCUGCUCCUCGUUUGUCAGCUUCGCCAGCUUCCUUACACGCACCAUGGACCGCAUCGAUCCGGAUCUCGCCACCACAGCGACCCGGCCCAAGGAUGCCACCGCUGAGCAGUGGAAGACAUUCCAACAGAGUGUUCAGAGCGCCCGGCCGGCUAGCGACCCCAACAGCAGCACAACCACCAACAAUGCAGCAACGGACUCGGCCCCCACGGACGAAGAGAUGCGCAGCCUUGUCGACCGCCUGGGUAAAUAUGAGCACCUUUUUGGCCGAAACUUGCAAGUGCUCUUGGACGCUCUCAACCACUAUGCCGCGACAGAGACGGUGGUCCUGCUGAGUUUGUGCGCGCGACUGAGCACUGCCAACCAGGGGACCGAGUACGCCGGACUACGGCACGAAGAGGACUUGGCCGUGUAA